UCCCUAAAAAACACAGACACAGAUCUUUAACUUGAACCCACUUGAGUUGCCUGCUUUCUCUCCCUCAGAAUCUUUACUCUCUCUCUCUCUCCCCAAAUUCACUUUCCCCUCACGCUCCCCACACUUACUCUCACGCUCUCUCUCUCUGCUUUCCACAAUUCCCUCAAUGGCUAUCAACCGAGACUCCACCAUUCCGCCUCCUAUGAUCGGCAAAAUCGGACCCUACACGGUGUUCAUGACCCCACCUUCGACCCCCAAGCAUUCUCAGCCACCGGUCUUGGAUUCGCCCAAGAAGAUCCUCACUCCGCCACCGGUCUUGGAUUCUCCCAAGAAGAUCAUCACUCCGCCACCGGUGCAGCCUCCUCCUCACCAGUUCCACAAGUCCACUGAGUCCGUUGCGUCCAAUGGGUCUGUCUUGGGGUUCUUCAAGAAUGCCGCUACCAAGGUGCAGAAUGCGCAUUCGAGUUUGGAUGGCCAUUUGGCGCGCUGGUUUGGGUUGAAUCAGUCAAAGUAUCAAUGGGCGCUAGACGACUAUUACGAGAGCAAGGGCUCGGAAAAGGGGGAAGCAAAUGCCAAAGAUAUACCAAGCAAAGCACAGAGUGUGUAAAAUGCCUGUUGGAUUAAUUUAUUGGAAGUGGAAGUGUCUGCAGACUCUCCUUUUGAGUAUACUAUAUUUAUGUACUUACGUAUGAAUAGCAUGGAUGCAUCACAAAAGGAUCCUUUGACCAAGAUCUGGGAUUUGGGUAAUGAAAUUCUCUCCUAGUGAAGCAGCUAACUGAACUGGAUCGUGUGACAGUCUACGAGCCUUGUAAUCGCAUUUCAAGUUGAUUAUUUAGUUGAAUGGACAAACUUUUUAUUCAUGUACCCCACUGAACUGCUACUUAAUUUGAUUUGGUUCAAGUUUCUGGGUUCUGUACCUCAGGAACGGUUAAAAUGUUUGUAUUGGAAUUUAUAUUUAUGUUUUAUUAAAAGCAAUCGUUUGUAACUUCAAA